ACAAUAUUCUCCAACAUUGACAACACAGUGUAUUGCUCCAUCUGUGCGGAGAUAAGCGACAACAUGUGCCAUAAGAGAGCUUUGUCCGUUCGAUAUCGUCUUCCCGACCCCGCUGCCGGAGCUGGUAGGGCUGUUAGUCAAGACUCUUUCCUCUCUUCGCUCUUUCGGUUACAUUAAACCCGACCAUACCAAGAUGGCCUAUCAUGGCGUCGUGUCGUAGCUUGGCCGGCAGAAUGCUACGUAGUAGCCACGGCGAUCAUGGCUGCGCCUUGGGGUAGACAUUGGCUCUGGCAAAGUGUACAGUACAAAGGACAUGGCGAUGUCCAACUUCCAACAACUUCACAUUGACAUCCCAACAUCACGAUGCGAUACCACGGACGUCUUCUCGCAACACUGGCGGUAUGCGCCGGCCAAGCUUCAUGUUCCUACGUACAGUCGCUCUCGUCCAAUGCACAAGGCGUGCUCAAUGAGUCGAUGAGCUGGAUGGACGGCUUCUACGACACUGACGCCGGGUACCUCUACAGUCUGGAUGCCUCGGCCGCCCUUCGACACGACACGCGCAGCUCAGCUUGGUAUGCCAUUGGCUUGUUGGCAAGAAACGAGGGAGAUGAUGUCGCCAAUGCGGAGAAGAUUCUGACAGCAAUUGUGGACGGGCAAUACAAGGACCCUGCGGAGCAAUGGUUCGGCGAUUACCAGAAGGAGCCUGAGGAGCCGUACGUUGGUACAGAAGCAUAUCCAGCGGACAUAUACGACUCAUGGGACCCCAACUGGCGAGGAUUCAUUGGCACCACUUUUAUCAUCGGCCUCGAAGAGUUCCCGCAUCUGCUCAGCAAGAACGUCACUGACCUUAUACUUGGGUCUCUGCACAACUCAACUGUUGGCGACUCAUACCGUGUCGGAGGUGUCGAUGAUGACAAUCUGUAUCCUGCUUACAGCAAUCCUUCAAUCAUGCGUGCUUUCGUAUCAGGCUGGACUGGCCGACGCCUUAACGACUCCAAUUUCACUAUGGCCGGCGAGCAGUAUGCACAAGAGAUUGUGGAUCUGUUCACCCGAGCCGACACCUUGUCAGAAUUUAAUAGCGGAACAUAUACCGGCGUUUCCCUAUUCGGUCUUACACUCUGGGCCAAGUAUCUACCUGCGGACUCAAUCAUGACUCAGUACGGUGAGCGUAUGAUAAAGGCCACAUGGGAGGCUGUCGGUCAACUAUGGCAUCCUGAGCUCAGAAAUAUGGCUGGCCCUUGGGAUCGCUCCUAUGGCUUUGACAUGAACAGAUACUUCAGUCUCAUGGCUCUCUGGUUUUGGAUAAUAAUGGGAAAAGAAAAGUCUUCUUUGAUCUCACGUCCACAGAUCAUGUCCCAUAGUGCCGACUUUGCAUAUGGUCCUCUUUUUGCUGUUCUCGGAGAGUUUCAGGCUUCGUUGGUUCCCGGAGAUGUUUUGAAUGCCUUGCAGGAGUUCCGUGGCGAGCACAUUUUCAACUCUUCUACCUUCUCGCCUCCAUUCGAUACCUAUCCUCGCAACAUCACCACCUGGCUAGCUUCUAAUAUUUCGAUUGGUGCUGAGACGUUUGACGAGAAUGUCAUUGGCGGACCGGCCAUCAAUCCCAGCACAUUCAAUCCCGCCGUCAUUCAGUGGAACACUGGCAAAGGAGUCGGAUUUAUCACGCUCCAUGCAAGUGAAAACGCAACCACAGCCGCAGUUUCUCCUGGCCAUCUCGAGUUAUCAUACCCAUACGGUAACAGCUCCUCGAUCUUCAGCUUCCUCGUUUCGACCUUUGCCGGGAAAAGAGACGUUACUAGCUGGGCUGAUGUGCAAGGAGCGAAUGUCAGUAUCUCGACGAACGCGAAUGUAUCAUACUCUGUCACGUUCGCGGGUGCCUAUGGUGGUCAAGACGAAGUCAUCAACGACUUUGAGUUUUGGAACUUUACGUACAGCAUGCCUGCCAACUUCUCAGGUGUGCCAAAGGUGGAAUUGGAUAUUAAGCUAUGGUAACAGUGCUUAAAAGUGUAUCUAGGUCGCCAUGGGUCCAAUGAUUGUUGUUUCGAGCUGAAUUCGACUCAGCCUCCCAUCAGCCAACAGACCUUUGUAUUCAUUAUCAACGGGCAGGAUGACAGCGAUGCUGGCCGAAUCCAGUAAAGAGGGCAAGGGUUCAGCCGCUUUCAAUGCCGUCAACUCAACUAUCCGAAAACAUCUUCCGUGUUGACAAGCAUUCCAAAAUGUUGCAAGAGAGGGAAGUCAUUUGUUGAGCAUUGAUCGUGGUAGUACUUGGGUCGACAUCCGAAUGUAUCACUAGAUAGAUCCCGCACUCUAGAUGUUCAAUCAAGCA